AUGUCCAUUGCCCUCGAGCUGGGUCUUCAUCGACAUAAUCCAUCCUGGCGCUUUGGCCCCGAAGAAAUCGAGAUUAGAUCUCGUACAUGGUGGACUGUAUAUAGUCUGGAGAGAUCCAUAGCCCUGAACACGGGGAGAGUCUUAUCAGUGCGCGACCAGGCAAUCGAUACCGCAAUCCCUUCGUUUACUAGCCUUGACCAGCUUACCGAGCAAGAGGCGAAGACAGCCACUUUGUUCCAUGCCAAAUCUGUUUGGCUGUUUGUCCAUAUGAUUGAACUUCGAAGAAUCGCCGGACGCAUUUUGGAGUCAAUCUAUAUCGCUCGAGAUCGGGAAGGGCGAUGUUCAUCACUCACAUUCCAAGAACUCUGCUCUAUCUCGGACGACUUGCAUCGGCAGUUGGACAACUGGAAAAACCACCUUGAUGCUGCAGAAAUUGGCUCAUCACGAGAAUAUAAAUCGAUGAGAAUUGAAUACUGCAUAAUGUUGAUGCAUUUAAAUCGUCCUUCACCAGCUUUUAUGGUUCCCUCACAAAAUAUGGUUGCCAUCUGCUCUCACGCAUCAUCCGGCGCUCUGAAACAAUGGGCUGCGAUAUCCAAUGAGUCUGGGAUAGAUGCUAUCUGUCGGUGCUAUCGCCAAUUCCACGACAUUCUCAUGGCAGGCCUUGUUCGUCUAUACAGUGACUGGCAUAUGCAAAAGGUUGCACCAACACCCAGACCAACUCUCCGACCUGAAGAUGCUGAAAUCUGCCAUGACUUACUUCGCAAGGGAAUUUCAAAUCUUCACGACCCUUCUCUCUCGAAAUUUGAAAGGAUAUUCCACUCCCUCAAAGAGAAAGUAUACGCUUACGCGUCUGGGCUUGACGAAGCAAGCCAGAGCAUUCCAUAUGCUCAGGUGCCUGACCUUCCAAUAUAUACCAGUGCGCCUGAUAUAACCGGGGCUCGGGAAGAUAGCCAUCGUGUCCCUAAUACCGAAAAUGGCAUGGCUUCGAUGGGAUCAGAGGGCCUCGAAAGUUAUUUGAACCAAAUGACGACCAUUUUUGACAACGAGGUGUUUGAUAUCGAUGAUACACUGACGGCGUGGUACGGGUCCGUUCUCAACGACGUUGGAGAUACCGAUAAUAUGCGAAUAGGGUGA